UGCAGUGCAAGCGCUUCGACAAGUGGAAGUGGAGGAUCCUUUCGAAACAACUACUAUACGAGGCCCGGUUUAAGAAGAUGUACACAAGUCCAAGAUACCUUGAAACUAGAAAUUAAUCAGCUCAAUAAUCGGUUAUCGAAAAAUGUAUUGCGGACGUCCAAAGUUGUAGAAAACUACUUAGCCUACCACGAACAUCGCCGAGUAUUUGAUCCAUUUCUCACUCCUUUGGGAUCUGUAUCUGAUCCUUUUCAAAGCCAACCUAAUCCAUGGAUCAGCGAUACUGUCGAUUUUUGGCAGCAUGACAAGAUAACUGGCGAUAUUUCUACUCGACGUUUGAAGUUAUGGGAGGAAUGCUUUGAGGAACUGCUUGCCGAUUUACUGGGAAGGGAAACUUUACAAAAGUUCCUUGACAAAGAGUAUUCAGGCGAAAAUCUUCGCUUUUGGUGGGAGGUCCAAAAAUUGCGGAAAUGCAGCUGUAGGAUGGUUCCUGUACUUGUGACUGAAAUCUAUAACGAGUUUAUUGAUUCGAACGCAACAUCGCCUGUUAAUGUGGAUUGCAAGGUAAUGGAGAUAACGGAGGAGAAUUUGAAAAAUCCCAAUCGAUGGAGUUUUGACGAAGCUGCGGACCACAUAUUCUGCCUAAUGAAGAAUGAUAGUUAUCAGCGUUUUCUCCGUUCUGACAUCUAUAAAGACCUCCUCAUUCAGUCGAAGAAGAAGGUAACGACUUAUGGCGUACUGCACCAUACCGCACAUAUU